GAGGGCCGUCCGGGGUGUGGCCGCCGCCGGCCCCUCCUCCGCGGGCUCCCUGCGGCGGUGCCGGUCGCUAAGCUCUCGGCUCAGGCCCGUGUCGCCGCCCGCGCCCGCCCUCUUACCGGACCAUGGCCCACGCGGAGCGCACCUUCAUCGCCAUCAAGCCCGACGGCGUGCAGCGCGGCCUGGUGGGCGAGAUCAUCAAGCGCUUCGAGCAGAAGGGAUUCCGCCUUGUGGCCAUGAAGUUCCUUCAGGCCUCUGAGGAACUCCUGAAGCAGCACUACAUUGACCUGAAAGACCGCCCAUUCUUCCCAGGGCUGGUGAAGUACAUGAACUCUGGGCCGGUUGUGGCCAUGGUCUGGGAGGGCCUGAAUGUAGUGAAGACAGGGAGAGUGAUGCUUGGGGAGACCAACCCAGCGGAUUCUAAGCCGGGCACCAUUCGUGGCGACUUCUGCAUUCAAGUUGGCAGGAACAUCAUUCAUGGCAGUGAUUCAGUAAAAAGUGCUGAGAAGGAAAUCAGCCUGUGGUUUAAGCCUGAAGAACUGGUUGAGUACAAGUCUUGUGCUUUUGACUGGAUUUAUGAAUAAGAGGUGGACGGAGCAUAGUCCCCUCUGGCACCACCUGAUGUGUCCCUGGGCACAGCCCUUCAUUCCACUAACUUGGAAGCAGUAGGAUGGAUGUUUCUUUCCUAAAGUAUAUCUACCAAUAAAGCCUUUGAAAACGGG